GGUGUCCAGUACCUGGCUUGCAACGGAAUUGAAGAACACCUCAAAAUAUCAUCCUUUCCAUUUGUCCCAACUCCCCAAGCCGCAAUCUCAUUCCAGAAAAACCAAACGAAACACCAGACUGUUCAUCAGUUCAUCGGAAUAAUCGUGAGUCUCAUCAGAUUUCCCAUUGCGAUUUUUUCCCCGGCCAAAGCUGGAAGAAAUCGCCCAUUUACCCCAUAG